AUGCAUCUCAUGUACACCAUGGACGAGAGCGGCAAGCGCAUCUACACCCUGAAGAAGGUAUUGCACGGCGAGGUCACCAAGUCGGCGCACCCGGCACGAUUCUCUCCCGACGAUAAGUGGUCGCGCCAGCGCGUCACCCUCAAGAGGCGCUUCGGCCUGCUACUGACGCAGCAGAAGAACAAGGUUGCUGAGAACUCGCGGUGA